AGUCUUAUUGUGUCCUCCCUCCCAACUUGCUCGUCUUACCUCCAUCUCCAACCCUUCUCUCUUCUUCUUCUUCUUCUCCACUCCAUUCUCUCUCCAUCACUUUUCCUCUUGCCCUCUUUCUCUCCUCUCAGGUGCAUUCAUCCACCCCUUCAUUCAGCUGACAAAAUGCCGAUGACAGAUCUGUUGAAAGCUGAGGAGAUCAAGAAAGCUCUUGAUGCCUUCGCAGCAGAAAAAUUCGAUCCUAAAAAGUUCUUUGAAAUGGUGGGAAUGAAGGCCAUGUCAGCCGAAAACGUCAAGAAGGUCUUCCAGGUUCUGGAUGUGGACGGUAGUGGAUUCAUUGAGGAAGAGGAGCUCAAGUUUGUACUGAAGGGCUUUUCCAAGGACGGCAGAGACCUGACUGACGAUGAGACAAAAUCAUUCCUCAAAGCAGCAGACAAAGAUGGAGAUGGCAAGAUCGGCAUUGACGAGUUUGAGGCCUUGGUGCAUGAGUAGUGGACAGCUGAACACCCUCCCUUCUUCUUCCUCCUCCUCCUCCUUCUCUUCGUCCCUGCAUUCAUAUUUUGUGACUGCCACCUUCAAACUCCUCUCACCUCCCUCGGGGACCCCAAGCAUGGAGUCAGACCAGGCCUGCUCUCUACAAAACACUCCCGAAAACAGGCUGACAGGGAGUUACCAUGAGGAGAAACAUACAGGCAUAAUAGGCACCAGUUUCAUUUUUAAGUUUUCAUUUUUUAUAUAUAUUUAAUCACUCAUGCUGUAUGGGUUUCAGAAUCGUUCUUAAUAUUUCAUGAGGAUAGUUUGUGGUCUCAAAACAGGUGGUAAUAGUGCUGUAGAUGGUGUAGUUGUUAUAAAGACUUAAAUCUUAAUUUCCUUCCUCUGUAUUUCAGGUAGUGCAUUUUGUCUGUAUGGUUUUACUUCUAGAUGUUCACAUCUCAGUGCACUUUCCUCCCACUCCCCUUCCACAUCCACCUUCCCUCACCUCAUCUAUGCCCUCCUCCUCCUCACUCCCUGCCUCCAAUCAGAUGAUGUAGUAAAUAAAAUGAUAUAUAAGAAGAGCUGUGAAGAGAGAAAAGAGCUGAGUAAGAAAUAAUAAUAA